CCUACUCCCUUGGGAGAACAAGCCGGUGAUGCCCCAGUUCAAGCAUCCGGGCGCCCCCGUCACCGUCCGGCGACGCCGAACGAGGACCGGACGACGAGCUUCUUUGCUCUUCUUUCGAGUCAUCCGUUAAACCUCACGAGAGUCGCAAUGUCAAGCCCCGACGGACUCUUGACAGCCCCCUCUCCGACUCCCGGCCUGCCGAAUCCGCCCGGUAGUAGACCUGCCUGAUCUAAGCCCCUCCCCUUCCUUCGCUUGUCUUCCCGGCGGCCAUGGAGUUGUCCCGCGGCGACGGCGCGGUGCUGUGACAUGUCGUUCCAGCUUGCCUUUCCUCACCGCUGCUUCAGUGUUGGUCCUUCAAACUUCUCAUAAACUGAUAGCCGUGAGGAGGUGCUGCUAUUGGGUCCCGGGCAACGGCUGCUACCAAGAAGUUGAGGUUUUGGUGUAGCUCUCUGGGAUCUCAUUCGCCUUCUCCACUCACACAGCUGCACCUAUAUCUGCCUCUUACCAACGCACACACAUACAAACUGCAACCGCCCAUUUCCUGUUCCGGGCCUAUUCGAUUUCCGGCCUGCUUGCUCAGUCUUGACCGCCUUGUCCCAAUCUCCCGCACUUCCAAGCUUUUCGUGCACGAACUGGCGUCAGCAGACCUGACCCAAUCAGCUUGGACGACGAAGCAAAGCAGGCCGUCGCUGAAGGAUUCUAUUGUCACUAUUUUCGGUACUCGAAACCUAAAAAAUUGAAAAUCAAAGCCCCCCGAUCGCGCGUCGCGUCUCGAGCCUCACCGUCUUGGGGUCAAUUUCCCCCCUUCUUUGCAACCCUUUGCCUAUCUCACCUCUGUCGCCACCGCCGCUGUCGACAACGCACCAAGCCAAGUUUUUUUUUUGUUGUAAACAACUUACACAAUGAAUACAACUCUCAGCGCUGUCAAGGUCGUACUGCUUGACAUCGAGGGUACCGUGUGUCCCAUUUCCUUUGUCAAAGAUGUACUCUACCCCUACGCCGUCGAUGCUCUUCCGGCUACCCUAGACAAGCAGUGGGAUAACCCCGACUUUGCUGUUUACCGGAAUGCGUUCCCGGAAGAUUGCGUGUCUGAUCGAUCCGCAUUUGAGGCACACUUCCGCGACCUUGUGCGCCGCGACGUCAAGGCCUCGUACCUCAAGGCGCUCCAGGGAUAUCUCUGGAAGGAGGGCUACAGGUCGGGCGAGAUUAAGGCACCUCUCUUUCCGGACGUUUCUGAGCGUCUCUUGUCCUGGAAGGACGCUGGCUUGCGCCUUGUCAUCUACUCCUCCGGCUCCGUCCCCGCCCAGAAGCUCUUCUUUGGUUACACUGAUGCUCAGCCUUCGGACCUGACGCCCCUGGUCUCUGGCUGGUUCGAUACCGUCAACGCCGGCCUUAAGACUGAGCCCAGCAGCUACGCCUCCAUCCUCUCCAAUUUUGAGGACACUAAGCCCGAGGAAUGGCUGUUUCUCAGUGACAACCCCUACGAAGUCUUGGCCGCCAUCACGGCUGGAAUGCAGAGCAUACCCGUGGUUCGUCCUGGCAACGCACCCCUUCCAACGGACCUGAACCCUACACUGCAGCCCAUCAGAGACUUCAACGAGCUGGAGGGCCUUGGAUCAAAGCAUUGAAAAGCGGCUGGUGAUUGUGGAGUUUCCGACGGCCAACGUUUCUGCUAGAAACUGUAGCACUAUCGGGAGAAGCGGCAUGGAAUGCCUCGAAUACAGCCUGCAUCCGGCGAACACCAUAUUCAGCUUUCCCGUCUCCGUCGAUCGUACAUCCCCGCAUCUUUUGUCCCAUCUAUCCUACCUCCCCCGACAUGUCAGGAGACUGUUCUAGAUUCCCCUCGCACAUCCCUUGGCUCCAGCUGUGGAAAAUGGCUCGUGGAUGUAGGCGCACCGGUCGAAUUGUAGAUGAGCGAGACACGACGAUCAUGUGCUCAAAGCAAGGCAUGCUAAAGCUGGGUCGGUCGACACUGGGAGUUUUUUCUUGGUUUUUUUUUUUAAUGGAGGGGGGGCCGUUCAGCUGUUGGCUGGUUCCGUUAUCCUGCCUGCACGAGCGCAAGCCAGGUCGUCCUCAGACACUGCAUCUUGAGACCUUGUCGAUGGCACUUCUUCAACAGAAGCCCGAAAACGCAACUCGCCGACUGGCCCAUGUCCAUCGCACGAUAACAACGUCUACUUCCCAUCCGGCGAUAUGAAGCCGGUAGAGGCAAUGGUCCAUCAGUGAGAGGCGCUUCCUGAUAGGCAGAAUAUGCCUAUCUUGGCCUUUUGACGACAAAAGUCCCGCAGUAUGGAUCGCCGUAGGCUGAUUGUAAACGUGACCUCUUUGAGGCGCCCAUCUGGAGACGAUAACGCAAGUGAUCGCCUGCCGAUCGCUGCGAGGGCGAACCCUUGGAACUCUCGUCACGUUGUAUGCCCAGCGUGUGAUUGUAGAAAACUGCCCGGAAAGGGCAGCCGGCUUUGAUGAUGGGAGCUUGCAUUUGCCUAGAGUGGCAGUAGAAUAGUACUGCAUUGAACGCAGUCCAUCGCCGCCCACAAUUGAUUGGAAGACACGCGGGCGUCGUGAUAACCGUUUCGCUGGCUUCCAAACACCGAGACGCCU